AUGAAAUCAACAACAACUUCUUCGAACAACAAACAACAACCUUCCAUUCCAAGAUCCAAACCAUCUUCCUCAUCAUCAUCAUCAUCGGAACAUCAAAUUUUUGACGCUCCUCACCAACCACCUCCUCCUCCUCCAUUACUUUCCAUGAGUAGUACGAGUCAUCACCACACCAACCAAUCAUCCUUUGGUUACAAUCUGACCACAGACAUGACAAGUAGUGGUGGUGGUGGUGACAGUGGUGACAAUAUGCAAAUUGUUGCACUCUCCAAAGAUAAAUAUGAAAAAUUAAUUAAAGAAUUUCAAAAAUAUAAACAAAAGUAUAACAAGUGGAAAAAGAUGGUCCAACAGGAAGAAUCCAAAUGGAAACAAACUCAAAUAGAUUUAGAAAAGAAAGAAUCUGAAUUAAAAAACAAAAUUGAAGAAAAUGAUAUUCUCACUUUCAAUAAUCAAAGAUUAGAAAAGAGAAUGGCUCAACUCAUGUUUGAUCUUGAAGAACAAGUGAAUAAGAAUAGAAAUCUCAAAAGUAGUACUUCAUUCUUUUCAGGAUUAUUUGGAGGUGGAACGAGUGGUGGUCAGAGUGGUUCAACCAAUGACCAUCAUGCUCCUUCCUCGAGUGCUUUUUCCUUUUUUGGUAGCUCUAAUAACAACUCUCAAGAUCUUUACAAUGAAUUACAAGUCCUAAAAGAAGAAUUAGAAUCUAAAAUCAAAGAAAAUGAAGGAAUUCAUAUUCAUUUAUUUGAAUUGAAACAAGAACAUGAAAAGACGAUGGCUAAAUUCAAACAUACGAUUAGCGAUUUACAACAUUCCAUUUAUGGAAAAGAUUCUACCAUUCAUUCUCUAAAAACAGCCAUCGAUGAAAAUUGUAAAAAAUUUACAAAUGACAAACAAGUCAUGAAAGACAAAAUUAGAAAUUUAAAACAAGAUAUUAGAUAUAGAAAAGACUCUGAAAAUAUCAUUCGUAAUUUUACAUUGAAACAACAUUCUAAAUUAAUUGAUUAUGAAAAUUAUAUUGAUCGAAAGAUAUUAUUUGAUGAUACCAAAAUAGAUUCUCUCAAUUUAUUGAACAUUCCAAAUUGUAAAAGAAAUCCUCUAGAAAUUGAAUUAUUAGAAAAUUUAAUAUCUAUUUUAAAUAAUCUAUCAAAGAAUAUCUCAAGUACUUAUUUAUACAUUCCACAAAAGAUUCAACAUUUAAACAAACUUACAACAAGUCAAUCACCACUAUUGAGAUUUAUUAACUCUAAAAUGAAUACUCAAAUCGACAUGUCCACCUUUCCUAAUUUAUUUUCUAAAAUUAUCAAACAAUGUGAACUGUAUGCAAAAUAUAUCAAAGAUCAAAGUAAUAGUAGUAGUAAUAUCACCUAUUCAUCCUCUGAGAUUCAUGUCAUCCAUGAGAAUGGAAAUGAUAGUGGAAUUUCAAUGACCUCUUCUCUCUUACAAACUCUCUAUUCUACAGUGAAAGAUUUAUUGAAUUAUAAUCGUAAAUGUUUAUUGUAUUUGACAGUCACUUCACAAGAAGAAGAAUGUGAAUUGAGAGAAGUGGUGAACAGUAGUGGUGCAAUGACCAACACCAACACCACUCACUCACAUUCCCACUCACAUUGCCACUCCCAUCAUCAACAUCAUCAUUCAGACAUGAAUCUGAGUUUAAAUGUUGAACAUGAUCCUAACCAUGUGAAUGAGGAAAGAGAUGCUGACAAUGACGAUGAAGAUGAAUAUACACCCUUUGAAGAUGGAAUUUUUAUGAGAAAUACGAUGGCCACACGUUCAUUGAAGUAUCUCUUCUACUUGUAUGAAAAAUUUAUUAUAUUUUUAGAUACCUUUUAUGUGAGGCGAUUGGAAAUUGAAAAUUAUGAACCCAUUCAGAGAUGUUUGAGAAGAGAUGAAAAGAAGAUACGACGAGUGUUUUUAAUGAAUCAUGUUGAGGAGAAGGAGGAGAAUUCAACAACAAGUGAACGAACAGUCUUAUCGAAUUCAAAUCAAAGGAUGAUGACAUUUACCUCUUCAUCACAAACACCACUACAAUUAUCAUCACAAACACCACAACAACAACAACAAGGACUCUUAUCACAACAACAACAUGAUGCAUCAUCAUCACGUAAUGAACACGUUGACCAACUACAACAACUACAACCCUAUCCAUCCACAAGUCAUUCUCUCUCUGUCGAACAUUAUUCUCAUGGUGAACAAUUUAUUCAAAAAUUAUUGAAAUUAUCAAAAAAGAAUGGACUUAUGGAUAACAACAUGAACAACAUGAACACUACUAGUCAAAUCUUUUCAAUUCGUGAAGAAUUCAAAUUACUUCUCAAACACAUGUGUGAUGCAUGGAAAGAUUACAGUGAAAUUGUCUCUAAUUUAUUACUAAAAGAAAAUAUUAAGAAUUUCAUUUCACCUUCCAUUAAAAAUAUUAAUGAGAAAUUGAUUCAAUCCUUGAAAGGUAUGGCAUCUCUGUAUGAGAGUAUAUCCUUGAUUCAUAAGGGAUUAAUGGAUUGUGAAAGACAAUAUGAACAAUUGUAUUCAAGAGGUGCCUAUGUAGAUUUUGAAAGUAUUUUGACUCAACCAGUGAAUUUGAGAUUUCAUAGUGGUGGUGGUGGGAAUGAUGGUGAUAUGAACCAAUCUCAUUACCAUCAUGCUGAUCUUCUUCUUCCUUCACACGAUCAUGAUUCACACUACUACUACUACUACUAUUACUACACCGAUGAAGAGAGUCAAUACUAUUUGAAUCGAGAAUCUCAACGAUACAUGAACUCUCACAUCAUGAUUCAUCAUCAUCCAAUAAGGACUAUCAUGUCCAAUACUAUGACCAAUACCAUGUCCAAUACUAUGACCAAUACUAUGACCAAUACUAUGACCAAUACUAUGACCAAUACUACUACUCGUGAUGGUGAUGGUGGUGGUGGUGAUGAGAAUAAUCAGAGUGUUCAUGAUGGUGGUCAUCCAAGUGCUGGAAUGGGCGUUGUUGGAAUGAGUGGCAGUGGUGGCGAGUACACGCUUCGAGAGGUGAAAUUCAUUCAAUCAAAAUUAUUGGAAUUGCACUCGCACAUUCAACAAUUGAAAAAGGAGAAGGAAUGUUAUGAAAUUGAGAAAUGUGAAUUUAUUCAACAAAUUGAACACCAUCGUAGAAUGAUGCAAGAAAUGGAAGAGAAAUUUAGAAAGGAAUGGAAUGAAAUUUCAAUGAUUUUGAACGUGGAUGAUCAAAAAGACUUGACUCUUUUCAAUACUACCAGUAAUAGUAAUAACACUAAUAAUAGUAAUAACACUAAUAAUAGUAAUGCCAGUAAUAGUAAUAUCAUUGAAACCUAUCGAGUCUUCUCAAGUAAGGUCAUUCAUGAUUUGAGAAGUCAAAUUGAUUCCAUGAAGACUCUCUUGGAAAUGAAAUCACAAGAAUUGAAUCAUCAUAGGACUACUCCCACUAUUACUGGUAUUGAAGAUGAUGAUCAAGCACAACCACAAGGAACAUCCUCUCUCAGAAGCAUUACCACCAACACUACUACGAUGAAUUCUCCUACUACUACUACUACGAAUAGUAGCUCUGAAGAAGAGACAAUGAUGUCGAAGAAGAAGAAAAGUGAGAAUGAUCAAUCUCAGGAUGCAUUCGUCUCAUCAUCAUUCGCUUUUUCUUCAUCCUCUACGACUACUCCAUUUGGAACAAUGAUGAGUGAAGUCAAUGACCUUGGACCUAACAAUGCACCAAGCAAUCAUCAUCAUUUGAUUUUACCUCAACAAUUACCAUCUCAACAACCAUUGCAAUCGCAACAAUCAUCAUCCUCCUCUCAACAACAAUCCUCUCAAUCUUCCUCAUCAUCAUUCACAUUCUUUACUCAUGAAGAAUUAACAAGAGAACGAGAAUUAGAAAGAAAAUAUUCCAAACAAAUUGAAUACUUGUUAAGACAAAUUGAAGUGUGUGAUUUAAAGACUCUUCAAUACAGAAUUCAAUAUCAACAAGCCAUUAUGGAUUUAGAAAAAGCUCAAGAACAAGAAGAACGAUUGAAAUCUAAACUAUCCCAUCUCACCAUGCAAUUAGAGAAUGCUCAAGAAGAUUAUGCAAGUGCUAAAUUGAAUUAUGAACAUCAAAUUCAAUUAUUGAGUGAUAAAUUAGUGGAGAUUUCAAUCAAACAUAAUAUUGAUUCAUCGAGAGGAGGAAGUGGUGAUGCAUCCUCAUGGGUGGAUGUCAGUAGUGGUGGUGGUUUGAGUGGUGGUGGUGGUGGUGCUAAUAGUAGUGGUGGUGGUUUGAGUGGUGGUAUUGGAUUUGGAGCUCUUUCAUCCUUUUUUGGAGGAUCUUCAAUGACCAUUUCCUCUCAGCCACAACCACAACAACAGUAUUCCAAUAAUGAUUUUCCCACAGCAGCAUCAUUGAAGAGAAACAAAUCUUCCAACCUCAAUAAUAAAUAG